AUGGAUAAUGGUGGUCAGCUUUCUCCCACUGAAGACUACUGGUCCGAUGCAGCUCGAUCACAGUUUCUUUCAGAGCCUAGCACAAAUCCAACGCCAGUCGAUUUGAGUAGGCACAGACAAAGCUCAUUCGGGUUUGCUAUUGCAAAUCAUACGGAACUACCAAAUCAAUACCACGAUGAUGGAUUUGUAAGUCACAGUGGACACUAUAAUACCAGGGGUGACGAUGGAUACCUACACACUGGUGCGGACAGUGAUGGCUUUGAAGUGACCACAAUGCCAGCCACAACCGUGCCUCCCCGCCCUAGUAUGACCGGCGGUGUUGCUGCCGGUGGUGGUGGAGGCGGAGUCACAGGUUUGUCUGGUAUCGCAGCUAUUGCAGCAGCUGCCGCUAGCCAACAGGGAAAGCCUCUGAAUCUGGCCGCCCUAACACUGUCAGCCCAGUCGGCCGCGGCAAAGAAACGCACCGGAGUCAGAGCGCAAUCGGCCAAUGCAAGGCCCGAACGAACACUAUUUUGUUUGACUUUGAGAAAUCCACUUAGGAAACUCUGUAUUGGCAUUGUGGAGUGGAAACCAUUUGAAUAUUUGAUUUUGUUAACCAUCAUGGCCAACUGCUGUGCAUUGGGGGCUGUGUCACCCUAUCCGGAUGGUGAUUCGAACACAUUGAAUCAUAUUUUGGAGAAAAUUGAGAACGCUUUCAUUGUCAUUUUCACCGUGGAAUGUGCUUUGAAAAUUGUUGCGUUUGGAUUCGUCAUGCACAGUGGCGCGUAUCUACGCAACGGGUGGAACAUAUUAGAUUUCACCAUCGUUGUUCUGGGCUUGCUGCAACCACUUAUUCAGGAGAUGGUCGAGGAAUCCGGUGUGGAUGUGAAAGCUUUGCGAGCAUUUCGUGUGCUUCGGCCGCUCCGAUUGGUUUCUGGUCUACCAAGUUUGCAAGUUGUACUGAAUGCCAUCAUGCGGGCUAUGGUUCCCUUGCUGCACAUAGCAUUGUUGGUCAUCUUUGUCAUUAUAAUCUAUGCGAUCAUUGGUCUGGAACUUUUCUCGGGGAAGCUGCAUGCAACGUGUUAUGAUAUAUUCACGGGUGAAAUAGAGGAUCACCCCUCCCCGUGCAGUCUGAGUAAACGAGGUGCUCUUUGUCCACGCAAUAUGAUGUGCCAUGAUUUCAAACUGGACAUGAGCUACGCUGCCGUGGCCAGUAGACGGGCUCAAUUGGACGCUAUCGCGGCUGGGAAUAUCACCGCACCGUUGAGUCCACCUGAUAGAUGGACUGGUCCAAAUUAUGGGAUCACAAAUUUCGACAACUUUGGUCUUUCCAUGCUCACAGUCUUUCAAUGUGUCACAAUGGAGGGUUGGACUCAGGUCCUGUAUUGGGUGAACGAUUCUCAAGGCAUGCUAUAUCCCUGGGUAUACUUUAUCAGCAUGAUUAUCAUAGGUUCCUUCUUUGUCAUGAACCUUGUGCUCGGUGUGUUGAGCGGCGAAUUUUCCAAAGAAAGAGAAAAAGCGAAAAAGCGCGGAAAAUAUCAGAAAGCUCGUGAACAGAUGCAGUUUGCUGAGGAUGUGCAAGGCUACUUGGAUUGGAUUAGUGCGGCCGAAGACAUUAGCGAUGAUGAGGACAAUGCAAAUAAAGAGGCAGACAAAGAGAAAAAAUUCCGAUGGUGUGCAGCCUGCAGAGGAAGUUCAAAUGUAGAUGAUGAAGAGGAAGAAGAUCCUUCCGAUCACGGAGUCGAGGAUGGUGGACUGCGUAAUCAAUCUUCGCAGCAGAACCAGUAUUUUUUCUGCAUUCCCUUGAAAGGUCGACGUUCUCGACGAUGGAAUCGACGAUGUCGACGCUCCUGUCGACGUUUGGUCAAGUCGCAAACAUUCUAUUGGAUUGUGAUUGUGCUUGUGUUUUUAAAUACCGGUGUUCUCACUUCGGAGCACUACAGGCAGCCCCGAUGGCUGGAUGAUUUCCAAGAUUUGGCCAAUAUUGUCUUUGUUGUCCUAUUCUCCAUUGAGAUGCUCAUCAAAAUGUACAGUCUGGGCAUUCGUUGCUAUUUCGACUUCAUGUUCAAUCGAUUCGACUUUUUCGUGGUCAUCUGCAGUAUCAUUGAGAUUGUCCUGAUUCGAACCAAAGUGAUGCCCCCGUUGGGUGUGUCUGUGCUACGCUGUGCCCGAUUGUUACGUGUAUUCAAAGUGACCAGAUAUUGGAGCAGUCUGAGGAAUUUGGUUGGAUCACUUUUAGCCAGUUUGAAAUCCAUUGUCAGUCUGUUGGUGCUGCUCUUCCUGUUCAUUGUCAUAUUCGCUUUGUUGGGCAUGCAGUUGUUUGGCGGUCGGUUCAAUUUUCAAAAUGUUGAAAAGCCCCGGUCGAAUUUUGACAGUUUCUAUCAAUCAUUGAUCACCGUGUUUCAAAUACUGACAAGCGAGGAUUGGAAUGAAGCUAUGUACAACGGGAUACGGUCGUAUUCGAAGAGCAGUGUUGGCAUUAUGGUCUGUCUUUACUACGUGAUUCUAUUCAUCUGUGGCAACUGUAUCCUUUUCAUGCAGUUUUUGUUCGCGCAAAUUAUUAUUAACAUGUUUCACAUUCUACUGAACGUGUUCUUGGCUAUCGCCGUGGACAAUUUGGCUGAUACUGGUUCGGGAGAGGAGAAAAAAGAUGACACGGAGCAGAAAACGGACAAUGAGACACAAGAAAACACGGGUGAUGCCACUUCCGGGUUGACAGCGGACGCUCUCACACGCCGUAUGAGCAGAGAUCCAGCAACGCUGGCAAACGGAAGCAGUCUGACGGAGAAAGUUCAUCACGAAUUCAAUGAUGUAACCCAGCUUUUGGACCAGCUGAAUCUCGAUCCGAUUAACGAGGAGGAGGAGGAGGAUAAAUCUGCCACGGAAAAGGGCAAAGAACUGGAAGCCGAAGGAAAAAUCGAACCAGUGGAGGGAACGGAAGAGCAGAAGGAGGAAGAUGGUGAAGACACAAAUGAAGUGCAAACGAAAGAAUCCGUUGGUUCACGACGUACCUCUGAACCGAAUGGGGCCAGUAAAAUCAAACCCAUUCCCAACGCGUCUUCAUUCUUUAUCUUCAGUCCAACAAACCCGUGA